CACACUUUCUCCAAUUACUUACACCUCCACCCCCAAAUCUCCCUUUACCCUUUCAUGCGAUUCAUAUCUCAACUCCAUCAAAAACCAACAAUGGACGAAAAAGACACACUAGUAGAGAGCGUACCCCACACGCGCUCUCCGUUAUCAUCUCCACCGCCUCUUCCCUCCGUCGCCGACGACGAAAAAAUCGUCUCCGGUCUCAGCACGAUCCUCGUCGCUUCAAUUCAAGAAGCCAAGGACAAAAUCUCCCAACUCGAGUACGUUUUCUGUUCCCAACUCUACCCUCAUUUUCAAUCCACUUCAAAAAACUCCGACGCAAAACGGCGCCGUAUCGUCGAUCUCGAGCGCGAGGUCGACGAAGGUAUGUUGCUUCAGAAAAGCCUUCUAGACCUAAUUCGUAACAAGGAAUCGUUACUGAAAGCGUGCGAAGAGAAGGAAAAAGCAGCGAUCUCGAAAUUGGAAAUUUCCGAGAGUGAAAACGUGAAGCUGUUGAGGAAAAUUGUUGAUUUGGAGGAGAGAUUGGGAGUGAAAGUUAAAGAUGUUGAGGUGUUGGAAUUGAAGAGCGUUGAAAAUGAGGGUUUGUGUAAGAGGCUUUUUGAAGAAGUUGAAUUGUUGAAGAGUGAGGUUCUGGAUGAGAAAUUGAAGAGGAAUCGGUUAAAUGAAGCGUAUAAGAGACUUAAAUCUCAGCAUAUUUACCUUCGGCAAAAGGUUGGUCUCAAUGAGGAAAAUAUGCUUCGUGAAAAUACAUUUGAGAAUGAGAGUGAUUUGGCCAAGCAUCAAAGCCCAAUCACAGAACCAGGUGUUGCAUUUGACGACCGUAAUGUUGCUUUGGGUGCUUGUAUCAAUGCUAAAGUGAAGUGUGAAAUCCUAGAAGAAGAUUUUGAAGGCCUUGAGAACAGAACUCCCGAAAUUUUUGUUGCCGUGCGAGACACAAAUGAAGUGAAGAAAAAGGCAUUGGAGGAUGACAAAGGAGCCAGUUUGUGCCCUCCUUCUUCAAGUUUCCAUGAUGUCCAAAUAUGUCCACCAAGUACAAAAUUAGUCUCUGUGUCUGGUACAAAGCGGCCUGCACCUCCUGAAGUUUUUGUUGCUGUGCAUGACACAAAUGAAGUGAAAAAGAAAUUGGAGGAUGACAAAAGAGCCAAUCUGUGCCCUCCUUCUUCUUCAAGUUUCCAUGAUGUCCAAAAAUGUCCACCCAGUACUAAAUUAGUCUCGGUGUCUGGUACAAAGCGGCCUGCACCUUCCUGGAGACAAACCCGGUCUCAUCAAAGUCGAGCAGGCAAUGACCUUCACGAUGACUUUCUUGACACUCCUCUUGAAAAUAUUAGAGAUAAUUUAAAUAAGGAUUUGAAUAAGGAAGAUGUUCCACAACCAAUUCAGAAAGACAUUAGCAUGGACAGCUCAGAUGAUGAAACACAGGACUUGAAUGCCAAAAGCAGUCCCCAGAAGCAGUCUUCGAUUACAGUGGCCAAUAAAAGGAGUUUCAAGUAUGUUGAGCCAGUGAGAAAGAAGGCAGAACGUGAAAAUUUAAAAGGAGUUGACUGCAAACAAUGUAGGAAGUUCUAUGAAGCUGUUCUUCCUAAUGCUGACGGUAAGGACCCUGAUGGCAAUAAGCAGAAUAUCCGUUGUGAGCAUCAUGAUGGUGUUUCUAGGCAUCGUUAUAGGUAUGUUCCUCCUAUGACUCCUGAAGGAUUUUGGAAUAUUGGAUUUGAAUCUGAAUUAUAAGGAUAAAUUUCAGCUUGAUUAGAUUACUGAUGUACUAUCUAUACAUGGAUCCAAUAUUCAAUUAACUUUUUCCAACUUUGAGUGUAUUGGUAAAUCUAGAAAGGAAUUAUGGAAAUCCUGGCCAUAAGAUAUUUUAUUAACUGAUGUAGUGAUCAUGUCAAAAUAAUGCUAAGAUGCAAGAUUUUUUUCUAGCUAUCACUUGUAAGCAUAAUAAAACCCGUUUGAACUCAUACUUAUACUUGAACAAUUUCCAUUUAUAGAUAAUUUAUCUGGUGUCUUUUUAUACUAUUUCCUUCCAUGGGAUGAUGGCAUGCCUUUUCACAGCGUCUGGUUUAAACUGAGAAACAGAAUUAUUAAUCCCGGAUAGAGGAGCGGCCGACCCCAAAAGUGGGAAGAGCAGGAUAGCGGGAUAACUUUUGUUGACUUUUUAAUAUUGACUAUUUUUAAAAUUAAAUACAUACAUAAUCUAUACAAAUAACACAAUUCCCAUAAUUUUUUUUAUAAA